UGUCAUUCCCACACAAGGAUCAACCAGAACAAGAACAAAAUGGGCCUUGCCAGCUUCACAAAGACUUAUCGCAAGGACACAUACCCUGCCAUUGACCCGAACAGGCCCGAGUUGUCAGCCCAGGGUAAGACUGUCAUUGUCGCUGGUGCAGGCUGGGGUGGCAUUGGUAGCCAAGUAGCCUGGUCUUUUGCGAAGGCCGGUGCAAUCAAGAUAGGUCUUCUCGGACGAACAGAAACCACUCUGCAGCAGACAAAGGACCAGAUCAUAGAAUCGUUUCCUCAAGUUACUGUCGCCGUCAUCGUCACCGACCUAUCCCAGGCUCAAAGUGUCGGUCGAGCAGCCCAUGAGUGCCGUUCAACCCUGGGUGCCUGGGAUGUCUUUGCUCACUACGCCGCGGUUCUCCCCACCCCAACCACCAUCCUUGGUGCAGACGAGGAUGAAUGGUGGCAUACCUUUGAGAUCAACACAAAAUCUUUCUUCCAUUUUACCAAACACUUUAUGCCCAAGGCCUCACCCAAGGCCACAUUCAUCUCUUGCAAUGCAGGAGCAGCCCACGUCCAGGCCGCCUUGAUGCCCAAGAAUUCCGCCUACGCCGCUUCCAAAGUCGCCGCUGCCAAACUGAGCGAAUAUCUUGCCGUCGAACACCCAGCACUUCGGGUUUUCACCAUGCACCCUGGCAUCAUCGACACCCCAAUGCUAAAAAAGGUACUCGCUAGCCAUGGAGGCGAGCUUCCGGCAAGCAAUGCCCUUGAUACAAUUGCAUUGCCCGCUCACUUCAGCGUCUGGUUGGCCAGUCCGGAAUCAGAGUUCCUUCGAGGCCGAUAUGUGUGGGCUAACUGGGAUGUGGAUGAAAUGAUGGCCCGAAAAGACGAAAUCAUCAAGGAUCCAUCUCUCUUGACGGUAACAAUUGCAGGGUGGCCCUUUCAGUGACGACUCGAGUGAAAGUAAAAUGUCGAGAUAACAACAUCGAAAGCAAAUAGCCUGGAGCCUUGAACCAAAUCGACUUGUAGCAAUGCACCGAUGCUUCUCCCAAGGCUUGAGUUAUCACACCCGCUUCUCUGACACAAAUAGCGGAACAGUAGCGUCAAGUACGGGUACGGCCUUAACGAUGGCUUCUUUUACUUCAUUCUUGUGGCGGAGGCCGAACUCAAAAGUUGGGGUCUCGUCUUCGCCCUGAUACACGUCCAUGGAAUGUAUUUUGAGGGUGCUGUCAGCCGGCACGGCCGUAAGCCAGUCACAUGUCCAGUCACACGUCUAGCAUGCGAUUGAUGCACCUGAAUAGUACCAAAAGUCAUCCAUGUUUCGUGGGUCUUAGGCUUCGACAAUAUGCGAAAUACGUGUACGGUGUUUAGGCUUCGACAUCAACCUUGGUAGGGACAGCGCCCUUUGGAAAACUCCGAGCUGGGUCGAGCAUCAGCCCUUCAGGAGACUCAUC